GCCUCCUCCAGUCCACAUUCAGCAGCGCAGCGGUCGAGUGUGAUUCCCAUUACUGCGGGCGGGUCUUCUGUGAGUCGAGCUUCGUCUCUUAGCAAUAAUCGCGUGAAAUUUCUCCACGUUGCGCCUCAAACUUGGACACGCGAUCGACAGGGAAUUUGAACCCCGAGAGGAAAUAAGGUAUGGCGGCUAUCAGGAAAAAGCUGGUGAUCGUGGGAGAUGGAGCAUGUGGGAAGACCUGUCUCCUCAUAGUGUUCAGCAAAGACCAGUUUCCAGAAGUCUACGUGCCUACUGUGUUUGAGAACUACAUUGCAGACAUCGAAGUCGACAGCAAACAGGUGGAGCUGGCUUUGUGGGACACAGCAGGACAGGAAGACUAUGAUCGUCUGAGGCCUCUGUCUUACCCAGACACAGAUGUCAUCCUCAUGUGUUUCUCCAUAGACAGUCCCGACAGUUUAGAGAAUAUCCCAGAAAAGUGGACGCCGGAGGUGAAGCACUUCUGCCCCAACGUUCCCAUAAUCCUUGUGGGCAAUAAGAAGGACCUGCGGAAUGAUGAGCACACACGGAGAGAGCUGACUAAGAUGAAGCAGGAGCCGGUUAAACCGGAGGAAGGCAGGGACAUGGCCAACCGCAUCAGCGCCUUCGGCUACCUGGAGUGCUCGGCUAAGACUAAAGAAGGCGUGAGGGAAGUUUUCGAAAUGGCCACCAGGGCGGCGCUGCAAGUCCGCAAGAGGAAGAAGAGGAGCGGGUGCUUGCUGUUGUGAGAGAACUUUCCGGUCUUUUUUCCAGAGUGAUCUCCACGAAAUACCAAACUCCACAAAAAAAAAAAAAAGAAGUUUUU